CCUAGGGAGAUGGGAGACAAUGUGACAUCCAUCACAGAGUUCAUACUUCUGGGGUUUCCUCUCAGCUCAAGGAUCCGGCUCCUCCUCUUUGGCUUCUUCUCCUUGUUCUACGCCUUCACCCUGCUGGGGAACGGGGCCAUCCUGGGGCUCAUCUCGCUGGACCCCAAGCUGCACACCCCCAUGUACUUCUUCCUCUCGCACCUGGCCAUUGUUGACAUGUCCUAUGCCUGCAACACCGUGCCCAUGAUGCUGGUGAACCUGCUGAGUCCCAACACGUCCAUCUCCUUCGCUGGCUGCCUCACACAGACCUUCCUCUUCUUGACUUUCGCUAACACCGAAUGUCUUCUGCUGGUGGUGAUGUCCUACGACCGCUACGUGGCCAUCUGCCACCCGCUCCGGUACUCUGCCAUCAUGAGCUGGAGGCUCUGCAUCACCCUGGCAGUGACUUCUUGGAUUAUAGGAGUUCUCCUUGCCCUGGUGCAUCUGGUGCUACUUCUGCCCCUGCCCUUCUGUGGACCUGAGAGAGUUCAUCACUUCUUCUGUGAAAUCAUAGCCCUUCUGAAACUCGCUUGUGCAGACACGAGUAUGAAUGAGCUCAUGGUCUUGGCUGGGGCAGUGUCCGUGCUGGUGGGACCCUUCUCCUCCAUUGUGAUAUCCUACAUUCAGAUCCUGUGUGCCAUCCUAAGGAUCCAGUCCAGGGAGGGACGCCAGAAAGCCUUCUCGACCUGCUCCUCCCACCUCUGUGUGGUUGGACUCUUUUAUGGCACAGCCAUUAUCAUGUAUGUUGGACCCAGGUAUGGGAACCCCAAGGAGCAGAAGAAAUAUCUCCUUCUGUUCCACAGCCUUUUCAAUCCUAUGCUCAACCCCCUGAUCUACAGCCUGAGGAACAAAGAAGUAAAGGCUGCUCUGAAGAGGCUGCUUGGAAAGGGGAGAACUUCAUGA